AUGCAUGCUAUCAGGGAUUGUGGUUGGGUGAGUGUUCUUUGGGCUGUCUCACCACUUCGUAUGCAACCAUUGAAGCAGGGGGAGAAUUGCUCGAUUGUUGAUUGGUUUGAGAAAAUCAGAGCUUGCCCUCAACAUGAAGUCCAUGCUAUUUUUGCGACGAUUGCUUGGGUUUGCUGGUAUGCUAGAAAUCUUCUCAUUUUCCAAAACAAAGUCUUAUCUCAUGUUGAGUGUCUUGGUAUUGCGACUCGGGCUCAAUGGAUAAGACCGACUUGUUCUUUAAUACAGAAGCCGAGUUCUACUCGGCUGGAGUGCAACGAGGAGGGUGUCUGCAAGGUUGCCACUAAUGCGGCGUUUAAUGUGGGGAGAGGCGUUGGGGUUGGAGCAGUUCUGAAGCAGGGUGAUGGUUCUCUCUUGGGAUGCAGAUUUGGUUUUUCUGCAGGGGCUUUUACUGUGAUCGAAGGAGAAGCGAUAGCUUUGCUUGAAGGUUUAAAACUUUGCAGGGAGAAAGGCGUGAUGGAUGUGAUUGCUGAAACUGAUUGCCAACAACUCUAUUGGAAGCUUGCUCGACAUGAGAAUGAUUUAUCUUAUCUGGGAGACACGCUGAGAGAGAUUUUUGAGUUGACAAGCUCGUUCCGCAGGGUUACUUUCAGUUGGACGCCAAGAGAAGGAAACUCCAUUGCCGAUAAAUUAGCUUUGUUUGCUCUUUCUUCUUUGAUUAAUGUUUCUUCUUUUGAGGUUCUACCUUCUGUGUUGAACUUUGUUUCGCUUGUUUAA